AUGUGUGCUUGUGACUCCGGCACUGCCUUUUCUACCCACACCAAUUCAUUCCAACAACCACCUUCGUAUAACAAACACCAACUGUUUGAUCCAAUUUCCGUUCAAACCGGCGAUGUCCGCAUUCUUUUCUUCAUUUCUCUUUUUAUAUUUCACUUUCGCAAAUCUUUUUUAAUCUCUCUCUCUCUCUUCCCUCUCGCUCUUCCACGUCUUUUUACCUCUCCCCUCGUCUUUUAUAUGUCUAUGUUCCUAGUUUUCAGCACUCUCAAUCUCUCUUCUUCGUUUCAUAUUUCUCUCUCGUGUCUCUCUUUGUCCUUAUUUUCUCUCUACUUCUCUCCCACUCAUUUCCAUUCGAAUUUCGAACAAGCCUGUCCCAGUCUAAAGUCCAUAUUAUCCGGCAAGGUGAACGAGCUUAGUAUCCUGGCCGCUUUUCCCGUCACCUUCACCUCUUUUUCUCCCUCCCACUCUCGCAGCUGGUGUCCGCAUAACAAGUCACAUAUUAUCUCGACCAUGGGAGUUAGCUUGUUAUCUCUCUUUUUUGCUUGCUGUGUCGCAAUAAUCAUUGAUUUUUCUCUCUAUCUAUCGCUAUCUUUUUCUCAAAUCCUUCAAUCAUUUACCUAG